AUGAGAACCCAAUUGAAUAGAGAAGAAGACCUUCGCAUCCUGGAUUGGUUCAGCAAAGCCGGACAUGGCCCACGUCAUAGUGAGAUAUUGAAGAUGAGGCAACCAGGAACAGGACAAUGGUUUCUAGAUUCGGCUCAGUAUCGACAUUGGCGGAGCCAGGAAAGGCAGACCCUGUUGUGCACGGGGAUUCCAGGGUCGGGAAAGACGAUGAUAGCAGCGAUAGCGAUUGAUCACCUCAUGACAACACUGCUACAACAUCCAUCUUCAGGCCUUGCAUACAUCUACUGCGCAUUCGACCGGCACAGUGAACAGACGAUUGAAAAUCUGCUCUCAACUCUCAUCAAGCAACUGAGUAAAGGCCAGCCUUCUCUGCCAGAUGCAGUGAAAGAGCUUUUCAGUAAUCAUCAGAGAUAUAGCACACGGCCCUCGUGUGAAGAACUCUCUAGAACGCUGUUGGCAGUCACCUCUAUCCAUAAGCAGGUUUUUAUCGUCGUUGAUGCAUUGGAUGAAUGUCAAUCUUCAGAUGGUCGCUUGAGACAACUCUUGUCCCAGAUAUUCGCUCUCCAGUCGAAAGCUAACAUAAACUUUCUUGCUACCUCAAGGCCUAUCCCUGAGAUUGAGAAGCAAUUCAAGACAUGUAUUACGCAAACAAUACGGGCUUCGGAGAAGGAUAUCCGCAGCUUUAUUUCUGGCCGUAUGAGCCAGCUCCCUGAUUUCAUCAAUGACAAUUCAGCAUUACAGGAGGAGAUUAAGGUUAAGAUCAUUGAGGUGGCGAACGGAAUGUUCUUGAUCGUACGACUAUACUUGGACUCUCUAAGAGGGCUGCAUGCGCCUAGAGCAGUCCGAACGGCUCUAGAGAGGCUUCCUCGUGGCUCUGAUGCGUACGACUACGCAUAUUCCGAGGCGAUGCAAAGAAUCAAGAGUCAAGUCCCCGCCUCUCGAACAAUAGCGUUGAAGGCUCUGAUGUGGAUCACGGGUGCAAAAAGACAACUUCGAGUACUGGAGCUGCAGCACGCUUUGGCGAUCGAAGACGGAGACACCGAGCUCGAUGCGAGCGGCAUUCCUAGCGUCGCCUACAUCCUCUCCGUGUGUGCCGGUCUGGUGACGGUCGACGAAGGAAGCGACUCCAUGCGAUUGGUACAUUAUACCACUCAAGAAUAUUUCAAUCGGACCCGAAUACUCUGGUUCCCAGAUGCAGAAGUGGAAAUCACAUCGAUCUGCAUUCGAUACCUUUCGUUUCACACGUUCCGCAAGUCUUGUUCAAGUGAAACAGCAUUCAUGAGGAGACUACAGGCAUACAAAUUCUACAAGUACGCGGCACGUCACUGGGGACAUCAUGCCCGUCUGGCUUUGACCUUGUGCCCAGAAAUCUACACUUUCCUAGGGGAUGACGGCCUAGUUGAAUCUUCGAGUCAGGUAUUCCUUCAACAGACUUUGCCGACGAAAGCCAGGGGAUUACACAUGGCUGCAUUCUUCGGGUUGGAGCAGGCGAUCAUCGCUAUUGCUCCAAAGUCAGACCAAGUAGACCCACGAGAUUGGCGCGGCCAAACUCCACUGUCCAUCGCAGCUCAGAAAGGCCACGAUACAGCAGCAUGUCUGCUUCUCGACAGAGGUGCUGACAUCGAGUCACAAGACAGCACUUCCUACGGAACGCCUCUAUUCCACGCAGUAGCAGGAGGGCAUCUGACUACGGUCCAGCUACUACUCCAGAGGGGUGCCAAACCUGACUCCAAGGGUAUCCACGAUAUGACUCCAUUAUCGAAUGCUGCCGUCCAAGGCCAUGAAACGCUUGUUCAACUACUACUCGAUUGGGGUGCUGAUAUCAAUGCCAAGGAUAUCAACAAUAUGACUCCGUUGGCCUUGGGGGCAAAAAAUGGCGAUGCACGAGUGGUGCGAAUCAUUCUUGAUAACGGC